GAAACGUUAAUUCAGACGCUACACAUCCGUUUUUCUCAGUUGUACGGUAUUUUAAAGGAAGUCUGUCGCCAUGCCGAUGUUCGUGGUGAAUACAAAUGUUUCGAAAGAUGAAGUUCCUGCAGGAUUACUGUCUGAAAUUACCCAGGAGCUUGCUAAAGCCAUGGGGAAACCAGCCAAUUACAUUGCUGUGCACAUCGUCCCGGAUCAGAUGAUGAUGUUCGGGGGUAAAGGAGACCCGUGUGCCCUCUGCUCCCUCCACAGCAUCGGGAAGAUCGGAGGCUCGCAGAAUAAACAGUAUUCCAAACUGCUCAUGGGUGUGCUUCAUAAACACCUGGGCAUUUCACCUGACAGGAUCUACAUUAACUUUUUCGACAUGGACGCAGUGAACGUGGCCUGGAACAACUCCACCUUUGGUUAAAGGAACUGGAUUUUCUCAUCUAUUACCAAUACAUCCAUUCCUUCAGAAGUAAUAAACAGCAGAGCACUAGAGAUGUGAUAGAUUUUGCACUACACAGCACUUGGAUUUAGAUUUGCUUUAUUUGAAUUGUAGAUCAUAGCGGUUACAUGUCAGGUUACUGGUUUUUUUUUUCCUGUUAAGAUUGUAACGUCACUUCUCAAGCUUUGCAAAAAUACAGAAUAAAUAUGAAACAUAAUUCUCUGAUUAAUGAUUUGGUUUUCAUAUUUUUGGAACAGAAGUAUGAAUAUGAAUAAACUUGGAAAUUGCUGCUUCACAUGUGUUUUGUGAUCGUGUCUAUGUAACAUAUUGGCGGAUAUCACAUCGAAGGCUUGAUUUACGAAAUCUAAAUGACUAUCAUGAAUAAAAGAUUUAUGAAUGAGCUUAUUUUACUGUC